GAUGGCCGUUCACUUCCUGAAGUCGAACCCAAGAACGGAGCGGCACGGCAGGGAAGUUCCUCGACUGGAAUAUUCAUAAACAAAGGCUUUUCCUUUCGUCCUCCGGCGGCUGGAGAAGGCGCAGUGAAGCCGCCGCUUCAGAUGGAAGUUGCGCCGGCCAAGGCCAAGCCGCAGGGCCGCCUCCUGGUGUCCACGCAGCUGGACGCCAAAGACGAGCUGGAAGAGAAAUUGGAGCGUUGUAUUGGAGCGGUUCACUCGUUGAUCAACGGCCUUUCCGAGAGAGAAGCCAACGACGCCCUGACCGCCAAUGUGUGCAAAGGCCAGCAGCAACAUGAGGAGGUUUGUCUCGGUCUCUUCGCUCUGCUCCUCACCGAGCCGGCUCAGGCCCAGAGGUGCUACCGAGACCUGACUUUAGUGAACCGAGAUGGGAUGAAUGUGGUCCUGUUGAAGAUCAACCAAAUCUUAAUGGAGAAGUUCCUCAAGCUGCAGGAUGUCCCCAGAAAGCAGUUGGUGUGGCUGGUCAGAGAGUUGGUGAAGAGCGGCGUGAUGGCAGCUGAUGGCGUCGUCAUGACGCUGCUCAAACAAAUUGCAGGAGGAGACGUGUCCACGAAGAACUUGUGGUUGGCUGAGAGCGUCCUGGACAUCCUUUUGGAGCAAAAGGAGUGGGUUCUGAAGAGCGGGAUGCUGAUCGCCAUGUCCGUGUACACGUUCCUGCGCCUCAUCGUGGACCACGGCGCUCCCAACCUGCUUACUCUACGCCAGAAGGAAGUGGACUUCUGCAUUGGAAUGCUGAGGGAGAAGUUCUUGGAGUGCGUGAUCAUCGGCAGAGAUUUGGUGCGCCUUCUGCAGAAUGUGGCUCGGAUCCCCGAGAUGGAUCUUCUGUGGCGAGACCUGCUCCACAACCCGCAAGUCCUCAGUCCUCAGUUCACAGGCAUUCUGCAGCUGCUCACAGCUCGGACCUCCCGAAAGUUCUUAGCGUGUCGUCUGACCCCCGACAUGGAGACCAAGCUACUGUUCAUGACCUCCAGGGUCCGCUUCGGGCAGCAGAAGCGCUACCAGGAUUGGUUCCAGCGACAGUACCUGUCCAUGGCCGAGAGCCAGUCGCUGCGUUGCGAUCUGAUUCGCUACAUCUGUGGUGUGGUCCACCCGUCCAAUGAGGUCCUGAGCUCUGACAUCCUGCCGCGCUGGGCCAUCAUCGGCUGGUUGCUCACCACCUGCACGUCGAACGUGGCUGCCUCCAACGCCAAGCUGGCACUCUUCUACGAUUGGCUGUUCUUCAACCCUGACAAGGACAGCAUCAUGAACAUAGAGCCUGCCAUCUUGGUCAUGCAUCAUUCCAUGAAGCCUCAUCCCGCCAUCACCGCCACGCUUCUGGAUUUCAUGUGUCGGAUUAUUCCUCACUUCUUUCCCCCGCUGGAAGUUCAAGUACGUCAGGGCGUCUUCAACUCGCUGACGUUCAUCAUGGAGAAGAGAGUGCUGGCGCACUUGGCGCCGUUGUUCGACAACCCGAAGUUGGACCGAGAACUUCGCUCCAUGCUCAGAGAGAGAUUUCCCGAGUUCUGCAGCGCCCCCUCGCCACCGAUGGAAGUGAAAAUGGAGGAGAUGACGUCCAUGGAGAUGGAGCAGAUGAUGGACAAGGAGGAAGGUUGCUACGACAACACAGAAGCGGCCUUCAGCGACGAUGACGAGGAGGUCAACAACAAAGGGAAAAGGCGGGAGUUCAGGUUCCAUCCAAUCAGAGAGGCUGUAGUGGAGGAGCCUGCCGACAUCACGCCCUGGCUGGACCAGUUAGAGGACACCAUGAAGGAAAAGGUUGUCCAGCUGCAGAAGUCGAGUGACACGGAGACGCAGUGUGAAGUCAUGCAGGACAUCGUGGACCUCAUCCUGGAGGAAGACUUUGACACGGAGCAGAUGUCGGCGUUAGCCUCGUGUUUGGCGGAGAUCUUUAAGGAACAUUUCCGAGGAGACGUCCUGCCAGACGACAUCACCGACGAGUCUCUGGAGGAGUCUGUGUGCAAGGCGGUGUGUCUGGUCUUCAGGAACCUGGUGACCAUGCAGGAGGACAACAGCGGCUUCUCGGUUCUUCUGGACAUGCUGGCGGAACUUUACCAGAAGCAACCCAAGAUCGGCUACCACCUCCUCUACUACCUCAAAGCCAGCAAAGCGGCAAAUGGCAAGAUGAUGCUGUACGAGUCGUUCGCCCAGGCCACGGCGCUCGGAGACCUCCACACGUGUCUCAUGAUGGACAUGAAGGCGUGUCAGGAGGACGACGUGCGACUUCUUUGCUACCUGACGCCCUCGAUCUAUUCGGAGUUUCCAGAUCAGACCCUGCGAAGCGGCGAGCUGCUGAACAUGAUCGUGGCUGUCAUCGAUUCCACACAGUUGCAGGAGCUGAUGUGUCACGUGAUGAUGGGGAACCUGGUCAUGUUCCGCAAAGACUCGGUCCUCAACAUCCUAAUCCAGUCUUUGGACUGGGAGACGUUUGAGCAGUACAGCACGUGGCAGCUUUUCCUAGCGCACAGCAUCCCGCUGGAGACCAUCAUUCCCAUCCUGCAGCACCUCAAGUACAAAGAACACCCGGAGGCCCUGUCCUGUCUCCUGCUGCAGCUGCGUCGGGAAAAGCCCAGUGAGGAGAUGGUGAAGAUGGUUCUGAGCAGACCAUGUCACAGCGAGGACCAGUUCACCACCAGCCUCCUGCGACACUGGGCGUCCAAGCACGACGACACCCUGGCCGAACACAUCAAAGCGCAACUUAUCAAGAACAACAACCAACCCCGAAAGAGGCAAAGUCUGCGCAGCUCGAGCAGCAAACUGGCUCAGUUGACUCUCGAACAGAUCCUGGAACAUCUGGACCACCUUCGCUUGAGCCUGAACAACACCAAGAACAGCUGUCAGUACGCACGCACGCACGCACUCGCAUCCGCUGAUCGUCGGCCUGUCCUGAUGGCAAGUGUUGCCGUGUGCUCAGUCUUCAGCCAGACUCCCAUCCUCCAGGCGCUGCAGCACGUUCAGGCCAGUUGCGACGAAGGACACAAGAUGAGGUUCAGCGACCUGUUCGCGUUGGCCGAGGAGUACGAAGACUCUCAGGCCAAACCGCUCAAGUCUCGGCGGAAGGCGGCGGCCACGUCGCCCAGGUCCCGAAAGGGCGUGGCGCCGCCCAGCAACAACGAGGAGGAGAGCGCGUCCAGCAGCGCGUCGGAGGAGGAAGACUCCAAGCCCAAAGCGCCCAAGAGAAAGAGGAAAUGCUCGUCGGCCGUGGCGUCCGACAGCGACUGAUCCUGAAUUUUAGCUGGCCCUGAUGCGCCUCGGCCAUUUUCCCACAGACGGACUCUUUCGGA